CGUUUUUGCUGUUAUCAAAUAGCCUGACAAUUUACCCAAAAUUAUUCCGCUGCACUAUAGUUCGCUACGUAGAAGAAAAUGUACGUCCGUGGGCGUGGCGUAGCGUUUGUCUGGAGCAAGGAGUCGUGAAGCCAGGCAAUGUAUCAAAACCUUCAAGGCGGAUUCUCUAGGCGCUCCCAACGAUAGUGGUCCACGCUGUAGAACUACAGCAAAAAAAUCAUCUGCCCACCUCGUUCCCUGUCGAAUAUGAGGUCACUCAUUAGUACAUUUUAGCUUGUCAGUAUCCAUGAGGACGUUACUUGUGUUGUGAUAGUCAGCAGUAGGAGCUUCCACCAAUAAGGAGGUAUCAGAAUUGUAUUUAGAGAACAAGAAGGCGUACAGGCUAAGUAUUUGAGCAUUUCUAACCCUUGUAAGCAUCCGUGCAUUUACGAUGGCUCCGAGGAAGAAUUCCAGAAACCAAUCCAAAAAAGAGGUGAAGCCCGCAGCAAUGGUGAAUAAGAAUGGUGUGAAAGCGGAGGCUGCUACUGCUAGUGGGGGUGGGGGUGUUGCUAGUGGGGGUGGGGGUGUUGCUAGUGGGGGUGGAGGUGCUGCUAGUGGUUUUAGCGGCACUAAGAUCUUCACCUGGUUCAUGGUUCUGGCUCUGUUGGGGGUGUGGAGCUCCGUGGCCGUGGUGUGGUUAGAUCUGGUGGACUACGACAACGUCAUUGGUAAACUUUCAGCGUAUGACGCAGAUGGCGACGGUGACUUCGAUGUGGAGGACGCCAAAGUACUACUUGGCUUGACCAAAGAGGGCGGUGAAAUUACUAAUGAAAACGCAGAUUCCCUAGAGGAAAUCUUCGGUAUUUUAGCCGAGGAGGGCUCAGAUUGGUUUCACGGCUUCUUCACGUUUCUCUAUGACGUGAUCUCUCCUCCCGUAGAGAAGGUGGAGGAUCCAGAGAGUGAGACAGCAGAGGAGGAGGGUGAUGCUGACGAGAAAGAGGUCAAAACUGCUGCUCCCAAAAAGGAAACGCUGAAAAAAGCUGAGAAUAUUGUAGAGGUUCCCGUUCCAAAACCAGAAAAGACAAAAGGUAGCCUACUAUUUAAUGGUGAUCAGAGUCCUGGAGAGGUGACUUCUAAAAAGAACAGAACAAAAGGAGUGAAGGAGAGGCCGGUUUCUCUGGUGCAGAAGGAAGCCAAGGAAGAAUCUGCUGUGGAGGAACAAACCGAGCCCAUUGUGAAGGAAGUCAUCCAGACAACAGAGGGGACUGAGGAAGAAGGUCAGCUUCCACUGAACCCAUCACAGGAGCAGCAGGCCCCUGAAGGUGAGAGUCCGGACACAGUGGGAACUCCAGCCAAAUCAGAAGAUGCAACUGAGGAAUCUUUUGAGGGGAAAUUGGCGGUUGAGGCAGGAUCGUUUGAUGCAGAGGCUGCUGUCCAGGUAGAGGAAAGAAAUGCAGAGGACCAACCGGCGGAUAUGCUCAAAUACAAAGCCAAGAAGAAGAAGCCUAAACUCCUGAAUACAUUUGAGAAAACCAUCAAGGCGGAAAUUGACGCGGCUGAGAAGUUACGUAAAAAGGGGAAAGUGGAGGAGGCUGUCCGGGCUUUUGACACUCUAGUUCAGCAGUACCCCCAGAGUCCAAGGUGUCGCUAUGGGAAAGCCCUGGCCGAAGAUGACCUGGCAGAGAAGAUGCGCAGCAACGACAUGCUGCAGAAGGCCCUCAGCACGUACAAGGAGGCGUCAGAGCUGCCCAACGCCACGCCUGACCUCAUCAAGGCCACACUGAAGAAACGGGCCGAGCGUCAGCAGUUCUUAGGUCGUAUGAGGGGUGCCUUAGCCACGUUGGAGAAGCUGGUACAGAUCUUCCCUGAGGACAUGGCCCUGAAGAACGAUCUGGGCGUGGCUCACCUGCUCAUCGGAGACAACAAGAGCGCCAAGAGGGUCUACGAGGAGGUGUUGGCCAUUGCACCAAGUAACGGCUUUGCUAAAGUCCAUUACGGCUUCAUCCUCAAAUCAGAAAAUAUGAUAGCAGAGAGCAUCCCAUUCCUCAGGGAUGGUUUGGAAUCAGGGGACCCUGGCACAGACGACGGCAGAUUUUACUUCCACCUCGGAGACGCUUUGCAAAGAAUGGGAGACGACAGUGCCUACAAGUGGUAUGAGAGAGGGCACCAGAGAGGUCACUUUGCCUCCGUAUGGCAGCGAUCUCUCUACAAUGUGGACGGUCUCAAAGCCCAGCCAUGGUGGACGCCCAAGGACACUGGCUAUAUGGAUCUAAUCAAGACCCUGGAGAGGAACUGGAGGACCAUUAGGGACGAGGCCCUGUCAGUGAUGGAUAAAACCACCGGCCUCUUUGUUCCAGAAGAGGAGAACCUCAGAGAAAAAGGGGAGUGGGGCCAGUUCACACUCUGGCAGCAAGGCAAGAAGGCAGGGGAGUCCUGCCACAGUGUUCCAAAGACCUGUGGCCUGUUGGAGCGCUACCCAGAGGCAACAGGCUGCAAGAGAGGACAGAUCAAGUUCUCGGUGAUGCAGCCUGGUACUCACGUCUGGCCCCACACGGGACCCACGAAUUGUCGCCUGCGCAUGCACCUGGGCCUGGUCAUCCCCAAGACAGGCUGCAAGAUCAGGUGCACCAACGACACCAGGGCUUGGGAGGAGGGGAAAGUGCUCAUCUUUGAUGACUCCUUUGAGCACGAGGUGUGGCAGGACGCCGACAGCUACCGGCUCAUCUUCAUCGUGGAUGUGUGGCACCCCGAGCUCACCCAGUACCAACGGCAGACUCUCUCCCCCAUUUAAAGAAUGUACGGUAAAAUGACUGACAGACAGACUGUCACCUACUGGAGUGCUGAGGUUAACACUCAUAAGAACGGAAGGGUCCAUAGUAUCUGGUCUCUGUCUGUCCACACAUUCCUUCACAUUCGGCCAUUUUAGGUCAAAGGUGACAAAUGUGACACUUGCCCUUGCUCAGUCAAGGACUUCAUUUUGGAACCGUCUAGAAGAGUUACUGAAGGCCCUGUCAGAUUGGAAAAAGCCUUCGUGACACUUUGGAACACUGACUGCUAACUGUGGUACUCGCCAACUUGGUUUUUAGGCCAAAAUGUGGACUUACGGUAAGGUGUGGGUUUAAUAUCACAUAGGCUGUGUUGUAAAUGUAUCACAAGUGCAUUCUUGUUUUUCAUUAGUCAACCAAAGUGCCAUGUGUCUGAAACAUACCUAACAUACUAACUGAACAAAACUUUAGUAUUGCAGCUAGUGAGUUUACUGAUAUCAUUUCUUAAAGAGAUCGUUUUCCUGGUUUUUAUCCCAAUCUUAAUCGUUUUCUUUCCUCAAGAAAAGUUAUUUGAUGAUUUUCAUGUUCAAGUCUUCAAAAACGUGAGGUAAGAACACAAAUAAGUUUUGAGUAACACUGAAAACUAUCCCGUUAAGAUGUUGCUAAGCUAGCUAAACCUCUGCUAGCUGUUGUUUCUCUAACACUUGAUUGGUUAUUACACAUCUCUUAUUGCAUGUAAUGGUCAUGCAUUAACUUCAUGUUACUUCCAUAGCUUUAUACAGUAAUCUGCAUCUUACUUUAUUUUGGGGUUCUAUUUUUAGUAAUACAGAAACACUGCUUAUUAGGUCAUUCCAUUUCACUCGUUUGAUUUUCGCAUGUCACUUUAGAUUAAUGGAUGGGACAUCACAAUGCCAAGAAUGUUUUUAUUGCAGAAUUAAUAUGGUAAAAAAAACAUGUUUUUGUGGACGCUGACAUAUUUUCAACUGUGCCUUGACCUGGGAGCACACACAGCCCUUAUACUCAACAGGCUUGUCUUUGUCAUUUAAAGUCCUGCCAAACUCCUGUAUUUACAUUCUUAAGUGUAUCAAAUAUGAACAUUUUGACUGAAGGCAUAUAUUUUGUACAUGCAUAACAUUUGAAUGUUUUAUAAAAUGCUAAUUUACCUGUGUAAAAGUUAGGCAGGAGCAUGUUGAAUGUACACCAGUCUUGUCACACUGCAUUCCAAACCUGGGUCAAAAACAUAUGUCAAAUACUUCAAAUGCGCUUAAUUUAGUUUGCCUUGUACAAUGGAAUAGUCCCUAAGAGAAGUCUGAGCUAAAUAAAGUGCACUACAUAGGCUAUACUUGAGUAUUAGAAAGCAUUUCACCCAGGUCUGCUGCAUUCCAGGUAUAGCAAAGCUGACUAGAAGGGGUCUUUGCUUGACCAAUGUUGAUUUUCAAAAGGAAAAAGAAAUGCAGAAGCAUAUUCUUCUAGAUGUUGUUAUUUAAUCACUCUCUAUGUGCGUUGGUAAUCCGCUUCAUCACAGCAAUGAAAUCAUGUCCAAAUCAGUCCAGUGGGAUUCUGCUGAGUUCAUGUGCUAUCAGAAUAAUCAGAAACUCAGGACUAAGAAAUUCAUGGCAAGCCCGCAGACUCAUCAUAGCUACCUGUUUGAGAUGUCCAAAACCGCUCAUACUGAUCUUACGGGUAGGAAAUACGAGUGUGAAACUGGGGUAACAUCAAUGUACCCCACGUUUCCUACUUCAGAGGAGUAUGUAAACAUAUCAUAAUGCCAUGGGUCGGAGUCAUUCGUUAGGACUAUUGGAUGUCAUCCUGUCUGCCCAAAAAAGGAUGCACUUUUCACCCAAGUGUGGCUGUCUGUCAUGGACAUGGGUGUCUUGGGGUUCUGUUUGGGCUGUGAUAACACAUUCAAGUUAUCCUCCUGGCUUCAAAAUAGUUUCUUAGUUACAAUGGGGUAGUAAAUCAAGCACGUUCACAAAAGCCACAUCGUUUGAGAAUUAUUUCACCUUUUGUGGUACUCUGUUAUGAAUCUAUCACUUUUUGUAGUGUUGAAAUCACUGAACUGUUCCAUCUGUUGUAACUUGGCCUGCCAAGUAAGUAAUGCAUCUUUCAAUUCUAUUUUGUAUGUUGUAAUUAGUUGCACUGAAUAAUUGUAAACUAAAUAGCUUCUUUUCAGUAAAUGAAAAAUGAGGUCAAAA